UAACCGCGGGGCCGCCCCGCGCCCUCGAGGCCGCCGCGGGGAGGAGCGCUGCCGGCGCCAGGCGGGGGAGCGGCGCGCCGCGGAGCCGAGCGGCGGGCGCGGAGCGGCGGCGGGCAGAUGCUGUCAGUGUCCUGUUAUGUGAACAACAUAGCUUUUGUUUGGAAAAAAAACAGAAGAGGUCAGUGUCUCAGGAAAAGGUACAGAAGAAGAUGCAGGCACGCUGAAAACUUGCGCAAAGUGAACCAUGCGUCCUUUUGAAAGCUGAAAAGCAGCCUUCUGGUAGGGUCAUGAACCUAAGACAAGUCUUUGUGUCUGUGCUGAUGUUUGGGGUAGCUGGUCUACUCCUGUUCAUGUAUCUGCAGGCUUGGAUUGAAGAGCAGCAUACAGUGUCUGGAGAAAAAUUGCAACAGCAGAUAAUUAAUCAGGAUUUCAAGCUCCCACCUCCUGGGGAGCCAAGGAGAGCAGCCAAGAACAGGAGCACUCCUGCUUGCCUCAGCAAGCAAAAGAUGGUGGCCUCGGGGGGCACGCAUUCGCAGGGGAAGGCUGACCCUUUUGCUGUGGUAGCUGUCUCCUUGGCAAGCCAGCUGUUUGACCAGCAGAAGAAGACCGAGUCGUUUCUCAGCCAGUUCAGAGAGGUGUAUUUACCCCCUGCAAUGCGCCCUUUAAACAAGAGUUUAAUCAAGGGAGACAAGUGGAAGGAUGUUGAUGGUGUCCAGGAAAAACGCAGAUCCUUCCUUCAUGGCUUCUGUAAAGAAUAUAACAGCAGGAAGAAGCUGCGAACCCACCUUGUGCAUGUGGUGUCAAGGAUUUAUGUGGAGGAUAGACACAAGAUCCUGUACUGUGAAGUGCCUAAAGCAGGCUGCUCCAACUGGAAGAGAGUUCUCAUGGUGCUCAAUGGACUUGCCGCUUCAGCACACAACAUUUCUCAUGAUGAUGUGCACUAUGGUAAGCAUCUAAAGAAACUAGACAGUUAUGACCUAAAAGGGAUAUACACACGUUUGAACACUUACACUAAGACUAUAUUUGUACGUGAUCCAAUGGAAAGACUGGUAUCUGCAUUCAGGGAUAAAUUUGAACAUCCAAACAGCUAUUACCAUCCAGUAUUUGGGAAGGCAAUAAUUAAGAAAUACAGGCAAAAUGCAAAUGAAGAGGCAUUGAAAACAGGAUCAGGAGUUAAGUUCAAAGAGUUUAUCCAGUAUUUGUUAGAUUCCCAUCGACCAGUAGGAAUGGACAUACACUGGGAGCAAGUUAGUAAGCUGUGCUAUCCCUGUCUCAUCAACUAUGAUUUUAUAGGAAAGUUUGAAACCCUGGAAGAAGAUGCCAAUUACUUCUUGCAGCUGGUAGGUGCCCCAGCUGAGCUGAAGUUUCCUAAUUUCAAAGACCGACAUUCCUCUGAUGAAAGAACAAAUGCAGAAGUAGUGAGGCAAUACUUAAAGAAAUUGUCUAAGCAGGAGAGACAGCUGACCUAUGACUUCUACUACUUAGAUUACUUAAUGUUCAAUUAUACAUUACCAGUUGUAUAGCACCAGAAUAGCUUCAGGCUUCUAUUAGAUAUUUAUCAUUUCAGGAUUCAAAACAACUACUUUGAUGUUAGCCCUGAAAGGAAACAAAGUGACUGCUAAGUGGAGUUGUCUUGACUUAGUGGAGAUUUUAUAAACUAGAGUGACAUCAAUUGACAUAAAAUUAUAGGAAAAUGCACAAAAAAGACCUGUAAACAGCAUAAAUUGCACUAAAAUGCCCGGAAAAAGCUGCUUUUACCAUUAUAGAUUAUGUUGUGGAAGCAGUAGCGCAGCCAGCUGUUACAUUAGCUUACCUAAUGUUCUUUUAAUGGUUUAAGAAAAAAGCAUUCAAAAUAGCAUGAUUGUUUCUGUUUUAGAAAUUUUUUUGAAACUAUUUUUGAAUGUAUUUUUUACUUUCUGUAGCUUAUUAAUAAAAGAAAGCAUUGACUAAUUUUCUAAAAUGUUUGCAGUAUUCUCAGUUAUAAGGCAUGGUUGUAUGAUUACCAUCAGACUGUAGCUGUUUUCAGAACUGACUGUAUUUUACUGAAGGAUGCUCUCGAAUACAAAUGCAUAAAAUCUACAAGUAAUGCAGCAGCCAGCUGUUGUGCAGAAGAGAUUUUGGUAAGCCAGUGAUCCAGAGUCAUGGACCACAACCCCAUUUUGACUGAUGCACCUCAGAUGACACAAAAAAUGACCCUCCUCUCAGGGAACUGACACAUACUAUUAAAAUUAAUGUUUUAAUUUGCAGUGGAGGCAGCCACAUGAAGCACGCUGUGGUUCCGGUAUUCAAGCAAGUCUUCAUAUUAAGUGGUAGGGUAAAGUCUUAGGUGUUGGCAAUAGGACCUUCUACUGAGAAGCACAGUGCAAUUGCUGUGACCCCUCUGUGUCUGCCAGUGUUGGAUCACAUAUGCCGAUAUCGCCUCCCAAAUCCAUGGACUACUUUUUUUCCCCCAGAGCUUUGAGGAGUCUCCUGCAUUUUGCUGUCCUUUCUGCUUUGUCAGCAUCCAGCAAAGCCCAGGGGUUAACAGCAGGAUGGGUAUUGGUGAUGAGCCCUAGAAGCAGUUUGUGUGCAGAGUCCCAGUCUUUGUUGUAAAAGGAUAAGUGCCUUUCCUCCUCCGCUCUUCCCUCUCCUCCCUCAAGUGCUGUCUAACUGAUAUAUGCAGUUGUUCCUGUGAUCCACGGUGGCACAUGAUGUUGUAGGAUGGCCAGAGUAGAGUGUCCUAGGAGAAAGAGAAGUCUCUGUAAAAUGGAUGGGGAGAAAUCCCUAUGGCUGCCCUUCCGAGAUAAAGGUGACGUCCGGUUUGGAUACCGUAUGAUCUGGGGUGUUUGGCUCCGGCAUCUUGACUUAACAAUUUAUAGAAUAAGGAAACAGUCUGACAGGAAACUGAUGCAAGUAAAAUAGUAUUUGUCCCCUGUUUUUGACAAGUGUUCACUAUUAAAACUAUUGCUGUCCUUUCCCCUCAUGCCAUACAGGUGCAUGGCUUCGGUGUUUCCACAGGACUAAUCAAGGGCCUUUGCUGAAAGGAGAGACCAUUUCCUGCUGUGUCUUCGCUGCUUGUUUCUCUCUGUUUUCUCCUUAGAAGGAGGAAAAAAGCCCCUUCCAGCCUCCAGAGUACCACUGCGUAGCAUAGCAUGCUCCGCACAUCUCUCCAAGGCAGGCUGAGCUCCUCCGAGUGGGAAGGACAAGAGCACACUGGGGAGCAGAGGUCAUGCUGCGUUUGGCUACCAGCUGGCCACACCUGUAGCAGAAGCCAGCCCAUUCCCUGGGGGCCUUGAAGCAAAGAGAGGGAAAAAGAAAAACCCCACAAACUAUCUUCACCAGGUGGUGAGGACAGGAGCUGAUGCUCAGCACUGAACAGGACCUAGCAGAGUGCCCCAGACACGUGCAUGUGCCCAGGUUUACUUGUGUGAGCCAUUGCCAUGUCUAGCUGGACCCACAGAUGGUCACCCCAGAAGCAUUUAGGGGAAGGGAUGAGAUAGCUAAACAUAAACUCAGGUUAAUAGUGUCUCCCUAAAUCUUCCCCUUAAUUCUCAAGAUUGUGACUGAUUUUCACCUUCUUCCUUAAUACAAAUCCCUCCUGGUUUAUCUACAGUGCCAUUCUCAGAGCUGGGAACAUGGUUUCUGUGGGGAGAAGGCAGCUGCCCUGCAGCCGAUGACGGCCCUUUGCAAAAGGCACUGGAGAGAGGUUUCCUUGUAGUUGGUCUCAGGCAUUCUUGCAGCACCUACCACAUGUAUGUCAUGCUUUUUUAUGGCUGUUACUGGGUAGGAUGAAAUUCCCUGUGUCUUUACCGAGCAUAAUUCUUUUCUGAUUUUGGCCUUGCACUUAGACUGUUGCCCUUGAGUGGGAAUAUGCCUUAGGACCUUAAAGAGCACAUCCUGCCAGAGUUUCAAUUUUGUGUGAUCCAGCCUCCUAAGUUAUGUGACAACAAAGUCAGUCCUUAGUUUUCACUCAGGUUUUUACCUUGGUGUAUCAGCAUCUUUCCACUGGUGCGGCAGA